AUGCUCCCAGCAGUCAAUGGCAUUCACACCUGGGUGCCAGCAGCUGCAGUUAAAGACCUGAAAGUGUCAGCAGUUACCAGAGAUGAGAACCUCUCAUGGGAAGAAUUUCAUGAGGCCAUGCCACACAUUAUUAACAUGAUGAAAGUUCAAGACUGGCUGGAUAACAGGCAUCUCACUGUAGGAUCCAUGCAAGUUUGGAGCCUUGAAGAGAUCAAUCAAGACCUUUUAAUCAAGGCAAGAGAAGAACUCUUCAACAACCAGCUAGAGAAAAAACAGGCAGCAGCCAUUCAGCCAAUCAUGUGCCUACAAAACACAAACCCACAUGUUUCUUCAUGCAAAACCCCCUCUUCCUCUGUCAUCAUGACAUGA